AUGGUACUUCCGAAUCCAGAAACCACCACCACCGCUACACCAGGUCCAUUAACAAUAACAACAACAAUGUCGAUACUAUCAAAACCAACAACAAUAUCAAUGCCAUCAUUCACGACGACAACAGGACGGUUAACGACAGCCACACGAAUAACCACAAAAAUAACACCACAAAGCACAACAUCAACUCAGCAGCCAGGUAAGCUUCAGAGUAACGCUCCUUUAUCUCCCUAUAUGCUAACUUUAAAACAGGUACAUGUAGGUGCUUUGGACCCGAUAUUAUUAUGCAAUUAUCCAAGCAAAAAAUUCUCUAUGGAGUGGAUCUAGCUCCAACACACACGUAACCGGGCGGUUAUUCACUUGAUCGAUCUAGCUAAAUGUACCUUUUUACCUAGUUACCUAGCUCCAACCUAGUAGUGAACCGAGCAGUAGGUUAUCAUAAUCGAGUAGGA